GAGGCCUGGUUCCGCGAUACGGUAAUCGGGUCCCGGAUUCACCCGCUGCCAUCCUUCUCCAGGCGUGGCCCCACAGGGCCUCCUGCUCCCCCUAGCUCUAGGAGAGCUGUACCCGGUGUGGCACGGAGACAUUGAGACGGACUAAAGCCCUGGGCGGCCGGGAGCGGGAUGCGUUAGUUCCCAUGCCGCUGGGCUGGAGGAGGAGAGCAGGGAGCGCCGCGGUGCGGGACUCGGACGGGGCCGAGGCGCCGGCAGUACUAGCGGCUUCUGGUUUUUCUGAGGGUCGCCCCAGAGGCUUUGACCAACGAGUCCGAGCCCGCUCCUGCUAUUUCUGGAGCCUGCGGGGCCGCGGUUCAGACGCCCCGAAAGGAAAGAAGGCCAAGGGGAAGAAGGUGGCUCCGGCCCCUGCUGUCGUUAAGAAGCAGGAGGCCAAGAAAGUGGUGAAUCCACUAUUUGAGAAAAGGCCUAAAAAUUUUGGCAUUGGACAAGAUAUCCAGCCCAAAAGAGACCUCACCCGCUUUGUGAAAUGGCCCCGCUAUAUCAGGUUGCAGCGGCAGAGAGCCAUCCUCUAUAAGCGGCUGAAAGUGCCUCCUGCAAUCAACCAAUUCACCCAAGCCCUGGACCGCCAAACAGCUUCCCAGCUGCUUAAGCUGGCCCACAAGUACAGACCAGAGACGAAGCAAGAAAAGAAGCAGAGGCUGUUGGCCCGGGCCGAGAAGAAAGCGGCUGGCAAAGGGGACGUCCCCAGUAAGAGACCACCUGUCCUCCGAGCAGGAGUCAACACUGUCACCAGCCUGGUGGAGAAGAAGAGGGCGCAGCUGGUGGUUAUUGCUCAUGAUGUGGAUCCCAUUGAGCUGGUUGUCUUCUUGCCUGCCCUAUGUCGUAAAAUGGGAGUCCCUUACUGCAUCAUCAAGGGUAAGGCAAGACUGGGACGUCUAGUUCAUAGGAAGACCUGCACCACUGUCGCCUUCACACACGUUGAUCCGGAAGACAAAGGUGCUUUGGCUAAGCUGGUGGAAGCUAUUCGCACCAACUACAAUGACAGAUACGAUGAGAUCCGGCGUCACUGGGGAGGCAAUGUCCUGGGUCCCAAGUCUGUGGCUCGCAUUGCCAAGCUAGAAAAGGCAAAGGCUAAAGAACUUGCCACGAAACUGGGUUAAAUGUAAAUAACUGUUUCUGUAAAUAAAAAUAAUUAAUGCAAAUUUUCCUUCAGCCAGUGUC